GAGAGAGAGAGAGAGAAAGAGAGAGAGAUAGCGAGCGAGAGAGAGAGAGAGAGAGAGAUUAACAUCUCGUUCCAAUGAAAUAUUGUUGGCACUUUGAGGAUGACAGCGAAAGGACGACUUAAAGCGGUGCCAUUUCCACUGAGCCACAGGUUAAGCAUGCGAGAGGUUUUUGACAGUGAGGGGAAACCUCGUGUGGACCUGCUGAAGGCUCACCUCACUAAAGAGGGCCGCGUGGAGGAGCCCAUCGCCCUGCGCAUCAUUAAUGAGGGGGCCGCCAUCCUCCGCCAGGAGAAAACUAUGCUGGACAUAGAGGCCCCAGUCACAGUGUGUGGAGAUAUCCACGGGCAAUUCUUUGACCUAAUGAAGUUAUUUGAGGUUGGCGGGUCUCCUGCGACAACGAGGUACCUGUUCCUAGGAGACUAUGUUGACCGAGGGUACUUCAGUAUUGAGUGUGUUCUAUACCUCUGGUCGCUGAAAAUCCUCUACCCGAAGACACUGUUUCUUCUGAGGGGAAACCAUGAAUGUAGACAUCUGACUGAAUAUUUCACUUUCAAACAAGAAUGUAAAAUCAAAUACUCAGAGCAGGUGUACGACGCGUGCAUGGAUGCGUUUGACUGUCUGCCUCUGGCAGCUCUGAUGAAUCAGCAGUUUUUGUGCGUUCAUGGUGGCCUGUCUCCAGAGAUCCACACGUUAGAUGACAUCAAGCGGUUGGACAGGUUUAAGGAGCCCCCGGCAUUCGGCCCUAUGUGUGACCUGCUGUGGUCUGACCCUCUAGAGGACUUUGGCAAUGAAAAGAGCCAAGAUUACUUCAGCCACAACUCUGUACGUGGAUGCUCUUACUUCUACAGCUAUCCUGCAGUGUGUGAGUUUUUACAGACCAACAACUUACUGUCAGUCAUCAGGGCACACGAGGCUCAGGACGCUGGUUACCGUAUGUACAGAAAGAGUCAGACCACAGGAUUCCCGUCCCUCAUCACCAUAUUUUCAGCUCCAAACUACCUGGACGUUUACAACAACAAAGCGGCCGUGCUCAAAUAUGAGAACAACGUGAUGAACAUACGACAGUUCAACUGCUCACCACAUCCAUACUGGCUGCCCAAUUUCAUGGACGUCUUUACCUGGUCUCUGCCCUUCGUUGGAGAGAAAGUGACAGAGAUGUUGGUGAAUGUCCUUAGCAUCUGUUCUGAUGACGAGCUCAUGAACGAUGGAGAGGAGAUCUUUGAUGCUAAUGCUGCAGCCGCUCGUAAAGAGGUCAUCAGGAACAAGAUCCGUGCCAUCGGCAAAAUGGCCAAAAUGUUCUCAGUCCUGCGAGAGGAGAGUGAGAAUGUGUUAACCCUGAAAGGCCUGACCCCUACUGGCAUGCUGCCAAGCGGCGUACUGUCCGGCGGAAAACAGACCUUGCAGAGCGCUACCGUCGAGGCCAUUGAAGCUAUCGAGACGGUUGAGGACGGAGAAGCCAUCCGUGGCUUUUCUCCACAGCACAAGAUCAAGAGUUUCGCGGAAGCGAAGGGUCUGGACCGUAUAAACGAGCGCAUGCCCCCACGCCGAGACGUGGUCAACAGCGUGGGGCUCUCCAUGGGCAAGAUGAACAUGGCUGAAUCAAAUGGCACAGACGACAACAGCAAUAUCCAGUGAUUCAUCUCGUCCUCCUCCUCCAGUCUCUUGCUCGCCCCUGCUCCUUCUGCCAUAAUGCAAUUCUACCCUCUCCCCUCAUUUUUACUGCUACUGUCUGUGUAGCAGACGGAUUCUGCGAUAUAUUUAGACUGAACUCCCUGUUGAUGUUCAGCGGCCUCAACAACAAACAUGAGAUGGACAGAAGAGAUGCGUUGCUAUUCAGAACAUGAACACAAAAAUAUUUGUAAAGGCUGGAGGAGAUCAUGGGUGAAUUUCAAUGAUGGGUACUGUGGGAAGGGAGGCUACUCAAAGGGUCGUUCAAAAUGAAAGUGAGCCGCUAAGUCCCUUGGGCCCUUCCGCAAAGCUGUUAGUGAAGGGUACAUGUGAUAGUCACUUUAAGGAGGUAAUUUUGCAGUCCAUGAUCACAUGAUUACAUCCUGAAGGGGGCAUUCUCAUACAGCGCCGCUUAGAGGACUGGGAGGGAAUUUAUUAUUUGUAAAAGUUUUGCAUUACCUCAUAAUAUGUUUUGCAUUCUGUCGCAAUAGUUUUGCUUUCCCUCGCAAUAUCUUUAUCCUUCACUUACGAAAAUGAACCAUGGUUUCACUACAGUUAACCACCUAUGUUUACUUUAGUGAAAUCAUGGUUGAUUUUUGUAAGGGAUAAUUAAGUUAUUGCAAGGCAACACAAAACUUAUUGAAAGGGAACGCAAAACUGUUUCAGAAAAAAACAUUUGUCCCCUGUCCUCUAAGGGGAUCCAUCUUCUUGUAAUUCAUUUUGAAACCUGAGAUAAAUUAUUUGAGAUGUUACCUGGUAUGUAAACCAAUUUAACCCAGCGGGAAAUAUUUCUUACAUAUUUUCAUUAGUUUUUUACAUUCAAAACAAUAUUUUUGCCUGUUUUUAAGAUUUUUACAUAACAAAAUUCCAUCAAAUUGAAUCGUUUAACAAAAAUAAUUAAAUAAAACUGAUAUUGUUUUAUUUUUUUAUUAUUAUUUUAUCAAAGAUUAUUCCAUUCAAAUUGAUGGAAUUUUGUUAUGAAACUGAAAAGCGUGAUUGUCAAGCUGCGAAUUUGAAUUAUAGACACAAAGAGGCUGUAUCUGAUGCAAAAGGUUUACUUGCCACAACAAUCUUAACAGCUAUAAACACGAAUUUUGCUGCUAUGCUACCUUUAAAGGUAAAAUUAUUCAACAUAAUGUGAUGUGUGUAGGCGACAGUAAUGCCCAGCUCCCUUCAUAGUACUCACUGAGUGAGUAGCGCAUAGUGAUGCUCACUUUCGUUUGGAAUUCGCCUAAGGCUGUCAGGAGGGAAUGAUUGAUGAUUGAUGUGUGAGUUGCAUGAUGGGAUAUGUAGUUCAAUGGGCUUCGUAAAGGAAAUAUGAACAUGUGAAAAGAGGGCAUAUCCUGUUGCUUUUCACAAGACAUCUCAACAUUUAAUCACGUGCAGAAUAUGAACUAGAUAUCUAUAGUUACAUUUUACUAGUUUAAAUGCUAAUUCUUGAUAUCAAAAAUGGAAUUUGAACUAGUAAAAAACAUGUUUGAUAUCUGUAACUCCAUUUUCACUAUUAGAAUUUCACAAUGUCCUGUCUUUCACUCCUGUUCAAAAUGCAAUUACAGAUAUCUAUAAUUCAUUUCUUACUAGUUGAACGUUCAAAUACACAUAUCACCUAGGUACUUAUUACUAGUUAAAAUAUAACUUUUAAUAAUAAUAAUUACAUUGUUAAUAGUGCAAAUAUCCAUUCUAGAUAUCAA